UGUUGUUUUUGGUUGCUGAAAAUAGUUGCGUUAUCUAAGUUGUUAUGCUGAUAAAUUAGUAUCGAUUAAUUUAAGGAUUAAGGAAAAAGGCUUAUUGACUUUUGAAAUAUUUGAUUAUAAAACUAGCUGUUAGCAUUAAAUCUUGGGGGUAAGUUAUGAGUAUAAAUAAAAGAGAAACCAUUAAAAAGAUUGAAGGGUUACUUUUUCAAGCGAACGGUAAUCUUGAAAAAGCAUGUGAUCUAUUAUCAACAGUAGAGUUAACCGAAGAUGAUAUUAAAAUAUUGCUGGAAGAGAUGAUAAAAGAGUAUCAUAGCUUAUCUGAAAAGAUUUCUUAUAGUUGUGGAAUUACUGCAGGCGGUGCACAAGAUGCCAACGCAAACAGCUUCAACGAAGUUUUUAAGCUAGGUUCACAAGAGUUAGCAUUAGCAAUGAUGUCAGAUUUCAGAAAGUCUUAUGAUCAAGAAUUAUUUAAGAAAUAUAAAAAAGAAGAAAUGUCUUAUCCUGAAGGAGAAGGAAUACAAUUUAUUAGAGAAUUGAGAGUUCUAAGUAGAAUACUUACUAUAUCUUUAAUAAGGAAACUUGAUGAAGUUUACAAGUUUACUCCAGAAGAAAUUGAGCGUUUGAAGGAAUAUAUGUUAGUUAGCAACUAUGAUACAAGCAAAAGUCUUUCUGAUAUAGACAAAUAUAUGCAUGCACUAUCUGCCUUAAUUAGAAACCCCUCACUUGAUACAAAAAAGAUAUUUGAGCUAAAUAAUCGAAUGAUAAUACACACUACAGCCUUAAUUGAUUUAGUAACUAGUGGAGUAGUGAAAAAAGAAGAAGCAAAAGAACAAUCUGCUGAGGAUUUAGAAAAGCUUAUCUGUGAACAGUAUAAAGGUGCAGCAAACAAGCCACUACCGUUGCCGAGCACGCUAUUUGAAGUGGAUAAAAAAAGUGCUUGAAGAAAGUUUAUAGUUAGCCAAAGUAGGUAUUUAAUAAGCUUAAUGUAACCAUUAUGUAUGCUAUAUAGCAAAACAUAGAAUGCUUAUGAUUCCAACUAUAGCAAUUUUAAGUGGUGGAUUUUCUUGUGAGAGAGAAAUAUCGCUUAUGAGCGGAAAAGCAGUAAAGAAGGCGCUCGAUAGCCUUUCAUAUAAUGCAAUAGAAAUAGAUGUUGACAGCAAUAUUGCUGAAAAGCUUAAAAAAAUUAAUCCGGGUCUUGCUUUUAUCGCUCUGCAUGGACCUUAUGGUGAAGAUGGCUGCAUUCAAGGUUUAUUGGAAAUCUUAGGUAUAAAAUAUACACACUCAGGAGUUAUGGCUUCUGCCGUUGCUAUAAAUAAAGUGAUGUCAAAGCAUAUAUUUCGAUCCCUUAAUAUCGACACUCCAAAAGGUUAUGUAAUUAGCCGAGAAGAUGUACUAAAAAAUAAUAUUAAAAUCGAUUAUCCGUACGUCUUAAAACCAAUUAAUGAAGGUUCAAGUAUUGGAGUGUACAUAAUUUUCUCGCACGAGGAUUACUUAGAACUGAAAGAUAAUAGUUCUACUAUAAUGGAAAAGAUGAUCGUAGAAGAAUACAUACCGGGCAUAGAGUUACAUACUGCUGUAUUGCUGGAUGAAGCAAUUGGCACUAUAGAAGUACGACCAAAAAAUAAAUUCUAUGAUUAUGAAGCAAAGUAUACAGAUGGAUUUGCAGAACAUAUAUUUCCUGCUAAAAUUCCUGACAAUAUAUAUAAAAUGACCUUGGAACACGCACUGAAAAUACAUCAAUUUUUAGGAUGCAAAACUAUUUCCCGCUCAGAUUUCCGUUAUAAUCCCAAAAAUAACACUUUAAAAAUGCUUGAGAUUAAUACACAUCCUGGGUUUACUGAGUUAUCGUUAGUGCCAGAAAUUGCAAAAUUGGCAAAAGGAAUCAAUUUUAAUGAAUUAGUUAAAAUUAUUAUUGAAGAU